UACAAAAAGUCGAUGAAAAUAGUCUUGCUUAUUUCUGGACUAUGGAAGGUUGAGAAAUAAAAUAUCAUAUCUGCGUAUUUCGUUCUGGACAUGCUUUUCUUCUAAAGCUUUUAAAUGUAUACUUGGAGUACUUUCAUUACAGUAAUGCUGAUUUAUUGCUGAAAUAUGAAGAACAGUGAUAUGAAACCUGAUUUCUUCCUUAGAUUGAAGCUUUACAACACAUUUUUGCUAUUCAAUAAAAAGUAUUCUCAUACAAAAUCAAGGUUUCCUUUUUUACUAAAUGUUACACUAAUGUAUAAGAAAUUAUCACAUAUGCUUGUUGCUCUAUUUACAUAAAGUCUUUUCAUCAUCUACCUGUACACUAUAUUGAUUCAGAAAGAAAAAAGUGAACCUUUUUCUCUUUGAUAUUUACGUACAUGUUUAACUCUCAGAAAAACUUGUGCAUUAAUGCUGAUUUAGUAUUUUGAAAUCAUAGGUAAAAAAUGCAUCUGAAAUUCCUAUUUGUAACUCUGUUGGUUAUUGUUGCUGUGGGUACGUAAAACUAUGUUUUAUUUUAGUUCUUAAAUGUUCUAUGAGUUCUUAUUUAGAUGGACGUUCUAGAAGGAGACGUCGCCAAGUACCGAACUAUGAUAAUGCCGGAUAUGAUGAUAAUGGUUAUUAUAAUAAACCUUAUGUUAGUAAUGAUGUAAAUUAUAACUUUGAUUCUUAUGGACUUAAUACUAUGCCUCAAUGGUACGGUUCAGGUGUCGGUAAUGCUGGAUAUAAUCCAACUGCUUAUCCAAAUCAAAUUCAAGGUGGUGCUGGUCUUUAUUAUACAGGUGGUACAGGAACAAGUGGCCUUGGAGGUUGGUGGAAUUCUAGACGAAAUGUUGCAUGGAAUAUGAAUGGACCGAAUGCUCGACCGUUUAAUGCUCAGCCGUUUAAUGCUCAGCCAUUUAAUGCUCAGCCAUUUAAUGCUCAGCCGUUUAAUGCUCCUCGACAAAGAUGGUGGAGAAGAUAG